AUGACACUAAGUGAAGUUAAAAAUAGUAAAAUUUGGACAGUUGACCCUGUUUUUCAGAAUGGCGAGUUUGAAGAUUCCAAAGUCGAAUCCGAAAUGGAAUCUGUUGUGGAAUCCGACCAAAUUCAAGGAUCCACUUCAAAUGUGAUUCGUGAGUAUACUGAUCGUAUAAUAAAGAGUAUUAAAGAAUCGCUUUCAUUUUGUGUAAACACAGAAAAUAUUGCUAAUAUUUCAUUACUGGACCUUUGCGUUCAAAACGAGCAAAUAAAUCGCAUUAAAGUUGACCUGAACAAGUUCCACGAGAAUGUUUCACUGAGUGAGAGACUUGUGGAAAAGUACGUUAGCACCAUUGGGUGGAUUUGCUCCUCAGUUAAGUGGAGUAACGGUGUUAAGCUUGACAUCGAGGAGAGCGAUGAGAAACUAAAUGAGCUUGCUAAGUCAUUUAGUGAUUCACAUCCUUUUGACGAAUCUAACUUAGAUUCAGACUUUCGUGAUAUUCCUCCAACCAAUGAGCCUGUGAAUGACUUUUUCUCCACCGCCACUCGUGGCCUUAGUUCACUAGUUAACAAUAUGAAGAAGAACAAGGCCAAAACUGACCUGUUGUCCAGUGUAAUAAUGCAUCAGAACAACGAACUUGAGAAGAUCAACUCCUCUGCUCAGAACCUCAGGGAUAGAGUUUCUAGCAUGAACUCACUUUUGAAAAGUUAA